AACGAAGUGACAUUGCUGGACUCCAUGUCUGCGCUGGGAGACCUGGGCUGGGAAGCAUAUCCAGCUGAAGGGUGGGAGGAGAUUAGCGUGAUGGACGAGCGGAACACGCCCAUGCGCACCUACCAGGUGUGCAACGUGAUGGAGGCCAACCAGAACAACUGGCUGCGCACGCGCCACAUCGCCCGCGACGGCGCCCAACGCGUCUACGUGGAGAUCAAGUUUACGCUGCGCGACUGCAACAGCCUUCCCGGGGUGCCGGGCACCUGCAAGGAGACCUUCAACAUGUACUACUACGAGUCCAACAACCCCAGCCUGUGGUACAUCAAGGAGAGCCAAUAUGUCAAGAUUGACACCAUUGCCGCUGACGAGAGCUUCACGCAGGUGGACGUGGGUGACCGCGUCAUGAAGCUGAACACGGAGGUGAGGGACAUCAGCAACCUGGGCAAGAAGGGCUUCUACCUGGCCUUCCAGGACGUGGGCGCCUGCAUCGCACUGGUGUCCGUGCGCGUCUUCUACAAGAAGUGCCCGCUCAGCGUGGUCAACCUGGCGCAGUUCCCGGACACGGUGACGGGCGGCGACUCAGCGCUGGUGGAAGUCUUGUGGCCGGCGUCGUCAACGACUUCGGAGGGCGAACGGCGCAUGUACUGCAGCGCCGACGGAGGCUGGCUGGUGCCUAUCGGCCGCUGUGCCUGCAAGCCGGGCUUUGAGGAGCACAAGAACUACUGCCAGCCCUGCAGGCCAGGCUUCUAUAAGGCGGAGGCCACGGAGACCUACUGUGCCAAGUGUCCCCCACACAGCUACUCCCGCCAGGAGAGAGCUGCCGAGUGCACCUGCGAGCAGAGCUACUACCGCGCCGACGGAGACCCACGCUUCAUGGCCUGCACACAGCCCCCCUCGGCCCCUGAGCACCCCAUCUCCACCAUCAACGACACCUCUGUCACCCUGGAGUGGAGCCCGCCGCGGGAGACUGGCGGCCGUGGCGACGUGGCCUACAACAUCCACUGCAGGAAGUGCUCAUCUGAUGGCAAGAAGUGCAGCCCGUGUGGCGGUGGACUCCACUUUGCACCGCGGCAGUUCGGCCUGUUGACGGCCAAGGUGCAGGUGACUGACCUGCUGCCGCACACCAAUUACACGUUCAGCAUUGAGGCGGUCAACGGCGUGUCGGACCUCAGCCCCAGCCCCCGCCAGCAGGUCUCAGUCAACAUCACCACGAGUCAGACUGUGAGUGUGAUUCUGAAGGAGAGGAAGAGCAAGGACAGCAUCACGCUGGCCUGGCAGGGCCCAGACAGGACCAAUGGAGCCAUCGUGGAGUAUGAAGUCAUCUACUACGAGAAGAACCAACGUGACCAGAACUACACGGUUCUGAAGACCAAGUUCAACAUGAUGACGGUGGAGGGCCUGAAGCCCGGCACGACCUACGUGUUCAGGGUAAGGGCGCGCACUGACGGAGGCUACGGCAACUACGGGGGAGAGAUCGAGCUGGAGACUAGCCAUGAAGACAUGCUGGCCAUAGGAGACCCUAACCAGUCCACCAUCCUGGCCGUGUCUAUCGCUGGGGGGAUCGUGCUGCUCAUCUUCCUGGUGGCCUGUUUUGUCGUGAGUGGGAGACACUGUGGGUACAUCAAAGCCAAGCAGGACCCGGACGAAGAGAAGAUGCAGUUUCAGCAUGGAAGAGUAAAACUCCCUGGCAGCCGCACCUACAUCCACCCCCACACAUAUGAGGACCCCAACCAGGCAGUGCGGGACUUUGCCAAGGAGAUUGACGCGUCCAGCAUCCGCAUCGAGCGAGUCAUCGGCGCAGGGGAGUUUGGUGAGGUGUGCAGCGGCCGUCUCAAGCUGCCCAGUAAGCGGGAGAUCUAUGUGGCCAUCAAGAGCCUGAAGGCAGGCUACUCAGAGAAGCAGAGGCGGGACUUCCUGUCCGAGGCCAGCAUCAUGGGCCAGUUCGACCACCCCAACAUCAUCCGCCUGGAGGGCGUCGUCACCAGAUGCAAGCCAGUGAUGAUCAUCACAGAGUACAUGGAGAACGGCUCCCUGGACACUUUCCUAAAGAAACACGAUGGGCAGUUCACCAUCAUUCAGCUCGUGGGUAUGAUGCGUGGCAUCGCUUCGGGCAUGAAGUACCUGUCGGACAUGAACUACGUGCACCGCGACCUGGCUGCCCGCAACAUCCUGGUCAACAGCAACCUGGUCUGCAAGGUGUCCGACUUCGGCCUCUCCAGGGUCCUAGAGGAUGAUCCUGAGGCUGCCUACACCACCCGGGGAGGAAAGAUCCCCAUCCGAUGGACAGCACCAGAGGCUAUUGCCUACAGGAAGUUCACCUCUGCAAGUGACGUGUGGAGCUACGGCAUCGUCAUGUGGGAGGUCAUCUCCUAUGGAGAGCGGCCGUACUGGGAGAUGUCCAACCAAGACGUGAUAAAGGCGAUCGAUGAGGGCUACCGGCUGCCAGCGCCAAUGGACUGCCUUGUCCUGCACCAGCUCAUGCUGGACUGCUGGGAGAAGUGCCGUAACGACCGACCCAAGUUUGGCCAGAUCGUCAACACCCUGGACAAGCUCAUCCGCAACCCCAACAGCCUCAAGGAGCUGGCCAACAGCUCUGUGUGGGAGGACCCUCCGUCGCCUGAGUUUGCAGUGACCACGGUGGAGGAGUGGCUCGAGGCCCUGAAGAUGGGUCAGUACCAGGAUAACUUCACCAGCGCCGGAUACGUCACCCUGGACUCCAUCCUCUACAUCAGCAUCAGUGAGCUGGAGAAGAUGGGUGUGACGCUUGUGGGCCACCAGAGAAAGAUCCUGUCCAGCGUCCAGAGUCUACACACGCAAGGGACCCACGUGCAUGUAUAACCCCCUCGUCCUCAUCCUUCUCCUCCCCUUCCUCUUCCUCCUCUUCAUCGUCCUCCCUCCACAGCCAGACAUAGAGAUUCAGAGAGAGAGAGAGAGAGAGAGAGAACGAGUGACAGAGAGAACCAGAAAGGAAAAGAAAACAUAAACGACGAGAACAGCAGCAGCAGCAGCAGCAGCAGUAGUAGAGAGAGCUGCAAGCAGGCGCUCACUAGGCUUCAUCAUGGAAACUCAGCACCCUCCACGCCGCUUCGUCCAUCUUGGAUGUCGGGUGUCGAUUUCAAGCUCCGUGCACCACGGCUUCCUUACCUGCACCUCCUGACCACACAGCCACUCGGCUCGCCACCACUCCAGAGGAGAGUGGGAGAAACCGAUCUACAUUAGGUCACCUCCCUAGCCUCCCAGACAGCAUGGCUCAGUGGCAAAUGAGAUUUAUGGGUUUUGUGUUGUUUUAUUUUUCGUUGUUGUUGUUGUUGUGUUAGUUUUAUGUUGUGUCUGUGUCUUAGAAAAAGUAAGUUGAGAAAAACAUGGCUUACAGAUAAAUCUUUGAACUCACAGCUCAUGUUUGUGCUCUACAAUGGGUCUGUUUGGUUGCUUUGGCUCUUAUUUUGUGGUUUGUUUUGUUGUCAUUUGCAUUUUUAAUUUGUCCAUAACAGUUAGUCAGGCUGGGUCCUCAUAUGAAGUCGCCCUGAGUCGUCAGAAGUGAAUCAUCUCCACUUACCCUUUGGUGUCCUGUUUUAAAUGGUAAUGAAUUGUGAAUGACAUAUGAAUUCCCAUCAGGUUUCAUUAUAACACGGGUAGAUGUAAGAGUGUCAGUGUGUGUGUGUGUGUGUGUGUGCGUGCGUGCGUGCGUGUGUGUGUGUGUGUGUGUCAUCUCAGUGUGUGUGUGUUUGUGUGUGUGUGUUGCUCCUCACUGGGCUUUAUCUGCAGUGGACCUGGAUGUGACUGGCCACUCUUGUGACUCACAUUUACAGAACAAUGAUCUUUGUGUGCAUGUUCUGAUCACGGUGGUGCAGUCCAUCAGCCUUGGCAAGCUACACAACACUGAGACACAUCCCAUAAUAGUAGUGAUUGUGACCACGAGGGCUCAUCUUGUGUUAAUGAUUACAAUAAGUCAUAGGGGGAAGAAUGCUAAAGUGGUAGCCAAAGGAGGGAGAGAGAGUGAGGGAGAGGAAAAGAGAGAGAGAGAGAGUAUUUCUUUAUGUCCAUGAUAUCAUUAUGCUUGUUGUAAAGGCCAAGUUAUCUGAUAUUCAUUUCAUUCCUGAGAGUCUAAGGAAAACAGAAGUGCACUGUAUGUAAGUUAUUGUAACAUUGUGUUGAGGAUUUUUCCUAUGAUAUUUCUGUACUUGCUUCAAUGAUAGCUUGGCAAUUGCUCUCCCAUGAAAUGCUCUUGUCCUGCAGUGGGCAGGCGUGGACAGUUGAACAGACUUAAUGCAAUGGCUUGAUAGAAGACAUGGAGAGAUGGGCUUUAUCCUUUGGCUGUGAAGGCACUCUUUAUUGUCUUCUGUUGGCCAGCUAACCUUAUGUAUGUGAAAAUAUGUGCUUGUAGGAAAAAGUGCGAACAGAGAAAAUAGUAAAAUGUGAAAAUGUCACAUUAAUGUUUUUGUUGAAUACACUUUGUUAUGUUACCAUUUGCUGUGAAAAUAUAAGGCAUUUAUCAGAGAUAUACAGUACAUCAAUGACCAGCACUUGCAUAUGAUAAUAUUACUGCAUAUGUAGUAGAAUGUAGUUUUUGCCGUCACUUAUGUGUGUAGCUCUGAGCCACAUGGCAUUUGUGUGGUGUGAUGUAUUUUCUGUUAAAUGCUAUAUAUUUUGAAACCAUAUUGAAGUUUUCCUUGUCACUAUGAGUAUCAGAUUCUAAACGGUAUACUGCAAAGUAAAGCAAGUGCAUGUCCAUCAUUUCUCUUGGGGAGUUUUUUUGAUGUUGUUUUUAUUUUCCAGCAUAUCUUGUACUGGUUGACUUGCAGUAUGUUAAAUGGACGGCUUCACACUCUAUGAGCUCAUUGUACAAUGUGUCUGUGUUGACUGUGUUUUUUGUUUGGUUGGCUGAGUUUUUUCUCUCGUUCUUUUUUCUCCAUGUUUACGGCAAUUUAUUCUUGUGAUUUCUUGUGAAUCACGGCAUAUGAGAUUGUAUUAUAGUGUAAAUAUGUACAGGGUUGAUCCAAACCUCUAGAAUGUUUGUAAUGAUGUACUUUAACUUAGAGCAAAGAGAGAGAAGAAGGGAUGGAUUGGUACAGAAGAAAGAAAAGAAAUGAAUACUGGCAGAUGCAAUUUUGGUUCUUUCUCUCUCUCUCUCUCUUUCUAUCUCUCUCUUCCUUCCUUUCUUUCCUUGGUGAGAAGAGACUUAACGGAUUGGCACGGCGUGUGGGCGGAACCCUUUGGAGUCCGCAGAAUGUAGCAUGAGCACCGGACCUUCUGGAACUUUUUAUUUUAAUUUGUAUUUUUUUGCCAUGGAUGAACGGACAGGUGAUAGGGACUGCAGUCUUCACGCCGCUGUAGUGGACAUUCUGUAGCUGCUUGACUUUUAGAUGCCUUAUGGACCGUGCUGUCUUUCCUUUCUCUUUGAUUUGGUUUUGUUUGGGUUCCCCUUCUCUCUUGAUAUCCAUAGAGACAGUAUUAUGAAUAAUGAUGUAUAUAGUAUUUAUCAGCUUCUCAACCCCUCCCUACCUUAUGAUGGCACUGUAAAGCUCGUCCCCAUGUAAAGCUAGGCCCAUGGGGCUUGGUCCACUUCUGUUUGGGUUGUUAGGUAGUCGCUUCUUUCGGUGGUCCCACACUCCCCCAAAGUCAAAGGUGCGUAGCACUUACACAACAAAUGUAUGUACGACGGAACUGGCGAUUUCCGCCUGUUGCUUGGCAGUUGCUUGGCAGACAUGCUCCUCUACAUGGGGCUCCUGGCAGGGAGUUUCUUCCUCUUGUAUGUUUUAUUGGAUACAAAUACUGGAUUCAGUAGCUGUUUCAAAUGGUGGAUUCCUCUUAUAUAAAGACCUGUACUUAAAGUGAGUUUGGUGAUUUUUUUAUAUCUCUCUAUUGGUUUCUAAAUUGUUGUCAAAUAGCUAUGAUGGGGAAAGGAACAAUCUAUAGGAGAGAUCUGCACCCCAGUGUCGUGAAUGUCAGUGAAAUUUAUGCACAGGUUCAAAAAUGUCUAGUAUGAAGUGAUGAACUUGGUGUUGGACACUUUUGUUUUUUGUUUUGUUUUCAUUAGGUUAUUUUUUUAUAUAUAUAGUUACAUUCACAAUGCUAUCAUCUAGCGCCAAUUCUGCAUCUGCAUUUAUUAUAGUCAGGAAACCUAUAAAUGGAGAACCUUUUACAUUUGUUCUUCUCUUAUUUGUCAAACAAGGAAGUCAGUGACUAUCAACUCCACCACACCCUUUCACACACACGCACACACACACACACAUUUCUCCCCUAUACAAACACACACACAUGCACACACACACACACACUCAGUGGAAAAAGUGGACGCUGCUCAGUCGGAUCUUUUACCUCUUUCCCUCUCGCCUCCUUGGGUACACACCUUCUUGGAAUGAUACAGCAGAAUGCAGGCACGUUGCACAUCAAUGUUAUCAAUUUCCCACCAUCUAAAAACACAAAGAAGAAGGACCAGAAGAAACUGCAUUGUGAAUUUAAAGGUCCAGUUGCGAGGUUCAGACAACGUGUAAUGCCAGCCCCCCCCCCCACCCUACAGUGUUUGACCAAUCCUGCUUCAAGGUGCACCCCUGGAUAAGCUUUAAGGGUGACACACAUCACACACACCCAACAGCUGUGUGAACUCCCUCAGCUGCUAGUCAGGCAGGUUCAGUCACCUAAUGCGAGAGGCUUGUGUCAGCUAGCUUCCAUGUUAUUUUUUCUUUCUUUCUUUCUUUCUUUCUUUUUUAUUUUUGGAUGAAAUGAAAUGUAAGCUUUGACAAUUCUUUUCCCGUUUAUAUGAGCUUGAAUUUAAAAAAGGGUGUACGCAUUUUGAUGAUCUUCAUGUUGCUGUUAAUAAAUAUGCUAAUAUUUUUAAUUUCUCA